AUGUGGGGCGAUUCUUUAUUAAUAGUUUUUAUUUCUAUUUGUACAGCCCUCCUUGGAGAAGGACUAACCUGGAUUUUAGUGUAUAGAACUGAAAAAUAUCAGAAAUUAAAAGUGGAAGUUGAACGUCAGAGUAAGAAGUUGGAACGUCGAAAAGAAGCUCAUGGAGAUUCCUUAGAUAAACAACAUAAGAAAAAAAUUGAACGUGAGGAAGAGAGACUAAAAAAUAAUAAUAGGGACCUGUCUUUAGUAAAAAUGAAAUCGAUGUUUGCUAUUGGAUUUGCUUUCACAGCAUUGUUAAGCAUGUUUAACAGUAUAUUUGAUGGUAGAGUAGUAGCAAAACUUCCAUUCUACCCAAUAUCCUGGAUUCAAGGAUUAAGUCAUAGGAAUUUACCUGGCGAUGAUUAUACAGAUUGCUCGUUUAUUUUCUUAUACAUUUUAUGCACAAUGAGUAUAAGGCAAAAUACUCAAAAACUAUUAGGGUUUGCACCUUCUAGAGCAGCCUCUAAACAAGGUGGUGCCUUAUUUGCAGCCCCACCAGGACAGUUUAAAUAA